UUAGACUCGUUUGGAUUUAGCCACGUGUUCAGUCGCACGUUAAACUCUGUGUACUCACCCGCAGGUUAGUAUAGCCUCUAAUCCCUAGUCAAAAACAAAAAAAAAAAAAAAGGCACGAGAAAAAAAAAAGAUCCGUGAGGAGGAGGAAUAUUCCGGCGAUGGCGGAAGAUUUUUCGGUGGUUGUGUUGGCUUCUGAUCUAGGAAUUGAUGCUCGACCGUUCUUAACAAGAAGCGAUGAGGUUGAUGAACAAGAGAACUGGCACGAUUGUCCUCAAUAUCUCGAAGAUGAAGAUUUCUCUGAUCUGGAUCUUCUCCAGUUCUUCACACUCCAAGGCUUGGAUAAGUCCGGUAACCGGAUUUUCCGCGUCGUCGGAAAGUAUUUCCCUGCUCGUGUUGUGAGUGCAGAGCGGCUGAAGAAGUAUAUAUUCCAGAAGAUAAGCAACCAAUGUUCUGAGGGACCCUUCUGCUUGGUCUACAUGCAUAGCACAGUGCAAAGGGACGAAAACUCACCGGGCAUUACCAUCUUACGGUGGAUUUACGAGGACCUUCCUUCAGAUAUCAAAGACAGGCUUCAACUUGUUUAUUUCAUCCACCCUGGUCUUCGUUCCAGACUUGUCAUUGCCACUCUUGGCCGUCUUCUUCUAAGUGGAGGACUGUACUGGAAGAUUAAGUAUGUGAGCAGGUUGCAGUACCUUUGGGAGGAAAUAAAGAAAGGCGAGGUAGAAAUUCCCGACUUUGUGAAGAACCACGACAAUGUGCUCGAGCAUAGACCAUUAACGGACUAUGGAAUCGAACCGGAUCCUUUCCAGUUAGCAGAGGUUCAGUCUUCAUCGUUCUCUCUCAACCGCUACGAGAACAGAUGGGUCUCAUAGUACAUUUGCUCUUUGUUGAGCUAGAACCUCUAUGUUUGUGUCUGUUGUAUAGAGUAAGCUAAUGUACUAAAGACUCGUGUAUCAAUCUGGUUUUGAUUGAUUUUGGACCGAACCAGUACCAAGUCUGAUAUAUAUGUAAUUAUUUUGGGUUUAUUA